AUGAAUAAUGAAACACAUAGUCUUGCCUUACUGGCAUUUAUCUAUCGUUUUGAAAUAAUAACAUUACCAAUAUUAAUUAUAUUUGGUAGUAUAUGUAAUAUAAUGACAUUUAUUGUAAUGCGUCGAAGACGUAUGCGUGUAUCAUCAACAUGUUUUUAUAUGGCAGCACUUGCUGUUACGGAUACACUUGUUUUAUGGACAGGUUGUCUUAAUCAAUGGUUUUAUAUUAUUCACAUACCAACUGUUGUUGCUAAAUCAAAUUUUACAUGUAAAUUACUUCCAUUUUUAUUUGUCUUUUUUGCUGAUGCAAGUGUAUGGAUUAUUGUAUGUAUGUCAUUUGAACGUUAUUUUGCUGUAUCACGUCCAUUACGUGCUUCACAAAUGUGUACAACAAAACGUGCAAAAUGGGUAAAUAGAAUAGUUCUAGUUGUUAUUGACUUCAUUCUUUUCUAA